AUGGUGAAGCUCGUGGCAACCUGCAAGGCCAUAAUAACGCGCCUCGUGUUCGGGGCACACGGAUUCAUCGCCAUCUGGCAGGUGACCAACUUCAAGAAGAAUCCCUUCUACUGGUACUUGUCCGCCCCCAUCUUGCUGUUGGUCUUCGAGGGCGUCUUCACCCUUACCAUCAAAGACAGCCAGGAGUGGAAGUGGUUCUGCCCCAGCGUGUUCCUGUAUCUGUCCAGCGUCGUACCUGCCAUCUGGUUACUGGAGCUCGAUAAAGUUGACCGCAGGCUUCGGGCUCGAGAGGAGGCCAAAAAUAUCACCGCCUUUUCUAUCGAUGACCUCAGGGGCCUCGACAAGAUCAUGGGGUGUUCAUUGCAGGGCCACCUUCUGCCCCACGAUCUGCAGAUCGACACCGAGACGUGGGUGACCCUCAUCGAACAGUUCCUCAUGCUGAUACUCAUCAUAGGACGUUGGAUGCUUCCGAAAGGGGAUCUGACCAGAGACCAACUGUCUCAGUUGCUGCUUGUGUACAUUGGCACAGCUGCGGACAUAAUCGAGUUCUUCGAUUCCUUCAAGGACGAAAAGAUCGCGCAGGAGCCCAUCCUGGUGUUGCUGACCCUGGCGAUCUGGUCCUGGAGCCUGCUUCAGUUCACAGUGGUGCUCACGGCCACCAAGAGUCGCAAGGCCAGACUCUCCACGACCACAAAUAUUUCGGGCUGUAUCCAAUGGUAUUACAUUCGUACCGUGUGUUGCAGAGAUGGGGCAGGCCCUCACUGUUGUGCGGGCUGUUGCUCCAUCGACGUGUGGGGUAUCAUGCUGAACAUCCUGCUGCAGGACGCGCCGUUUCUGGGUUUCCGCUUGUUGCUCAUCGCACACUACCGCAUCAUCAGCUACAUGAACGUGUUCUUCACCUGCAAGAACACGCUGGUCAUCGUGCUGCAACUCUACAGGCUGUAUGUGGUGAAUUCAGAAACCAGAAAACAGAAGAAAAAGAAGAAGCUCACUACCCGCAAGAGGGAUCCAGCAAGAGGUAUCUCCGUCAUAUCCAUGUCGGAGGUGUAUCCUAUCCCAGAACGCUGCAGGCAUAACAAGCGAGCAGAUCAAGAAGUGUUUUCCGGAGAUGAUGAAACGAGCAGGAGUCCA